UGAGCCCUCACGGUACUUUUACUUGCGUACUGCCGUAUGAGGAAACUGCAUYWUUGUUGCAUCAGCCUACCAUCGAAUCGAGUCACUUGUUUCGAACCUUAGUCCUUCCGCGAGAACCAUCAUUGCUUACACAACUCMACAACACAUCGCACAUCACCACGACUACGAGUAACCAACAAGCAUUYACCACUCAACUCAUAACAGCCAUACUUUCUCACUCUCACCGAUGAUACCCUCGCCGGCUCAACAGUUGUCAUGAGUAGCGACAACAACCAAACCAUACCAAACAGCGGCGAGAAAAUGUCUAAGAUUCUCUCGUCCUUGGGGUGUUCUUGGAACGCCAGCGAUGUGAGGGGCGAGCAACAAGAACAAGCUGUUGUACCGAAACUCCCACAGUGCGCCCUAGAGGUUACUUACCCGUCCUUUUCUCUUUCCCAUGGGGAACUGGAUGAAGCUGACACUGCGGCAACGAGCACAAGCGCCGUUCACAGGGAGACCGUCCAAUCGAAGGCUUCCGAGCUGAUGUCCCGGACGAUUGUCUGGAAGAACACUGCCAACAACAAGAGGCACAAACACCAACCAGUACAGCGGUCCUAUCAAGACAACCAGCUGCCGAACAGAGUGAUGCUAGAGAGCAUCCUCGAUUCCUUCGAUCAGCUUGUGGAAGCUCGAAUCCGGGCCUACGCCCGUAUCCUGAGCAACCACGUGCGGGUCCUGUCUCAGUGCCAYAACCAGAAAGGAGCACGGAUCGCCGAAUACAAGCUUCAGACACUAUUGGAAAUCGCUUCGAACUUCACGUUCGAUUCCGUUUCGACCGUCUUCCGGGAARCAACAAGGACGAAACAAACAGCCACUCCURCGGUAGAAAGCAAGGGAGUUCUGCCCAUCGAGCUCKCGGUGGAAAUAAAGUCUCCAAGGUUUUACCAGGGGGGGUCYAGUACGGCGGUAGCAAGCAACGAAACGGGAACUCAAUCGAACGGAACGCUCAUGUUUCGGGUCGAGGGAACAKUUCGAGGUAGGUAAAGAAAAUCGGGCCCARUCGUUCGUUAAUCCUGUUCUAUCGUACAAAACGCAACGCGUUCUGUCUUCAACGGUGUUUGGAAAGGUACCGGUACCCUACUCGUUGUACGGUUGAGUACUACGGUUCUCAGUCAUGUCAUGUCAGUCAUGACCUGCUUCCGGCGCACGGCUCCAUUCGUUYGGCACAGGCACAGUACGUUGGUGCCAGGUACAARUACUGUGUGAUGCACGUUCAACACCACAACGGAAURAGAAGCACGCCCGUGUCGGYAGUAGUUGUUUCUACAACCAAGUUCUGUUGCAUCUUAUUGGCGCACGACUGACGCCUCCCUGAUUGGUACCUUGAACAUCAAGGGAAGUUCGGAUUUUUGUGGAGAACACAUCCGGAACGGAACGAUUGACUGACGUUCAAACGUUGGUCAGGUUGAAGGACAAGAUUUUUUUUCUUAGGGAAAGUUGGAAUUACAAUGCUGUGCACGACUGCAAUCAAAACUUCUUGACACC